AUGAUGAGAAAGAGGGACUCAUCGUCGGGUGGAGGUGAUGGUGGUGAGACAUCAAGGGCUGAAUUUGAAGUUUUCUUGAGUUUUAGAGGCUCAGACACAGGCCUGACUUUUACAGAUUGUCUCUAUCACUCAAUGGUUAGAGCUUGGAUUCGUGUGUUUAGAGAUGCUGAAGAGAUCAGAAUAGGUGAAGAGAUUGGAGGAGAGCUUCUGCGUGCAAUCAGCUCGUCUAAAAUCUAUAUGCCAAUCUUCUCUAGAAAUUAUGCUUCUAGUGCAUGGUGUCUUCGUGAACUUGCAUACAUGUUGGAGUGCUGGAGAAAUAGAACAAAUGACAAAAUGAUCAUUCCCAUUUUCUAUGACGUGGAUCCCGAUGAUGUGAAGCUGAAAACUGGAUUGUACUUUGAAGCUUUGGAAAAGCAUGGUGACAAGUUUGGUUGUGAUCAAGUGCAGUGUUGGAAGAAGGCUGUCAUAGAGGUUGCUCGCAUCAAGGGAUGGCACUUGAAGGAUCAAGGGUAA